UCAAGACGCGGUCACACUGAAAACUUCCUCUCGAGUUUUAUCAACAGGUGUUGAUUAAUUGAUCAAAAACCUAGAAAUGGGAGACGUUACUGGACUCAGCAAUGCCGAAGCCGACGAGCUGUGCCAGAAGCCGGAUACGUCCACCAAAGACUUCCUGUUCCAGCAGACCAUGUAUAGGAUCAAGGAUCCACGCAGGUCUUUGCCCUUCUACACCGGUGUCCUUGGGAUGACCUUGCUAGUGAAACUGGAUUUUCCCGAGGCCAAAUUCUCGCUUUACUUUCUGGGUUACGAGAAUUCCGCCGAUGUUCCGAAAGAUCCCAAAGAGCGACGCAGCUGGGCAAUGAGCCGCAAAGCCACCAUUGAGUUAACCCACAAUUGGGGAACUGAGAGCGAUCCGGAUCAGAGCUACCACACCGGCAACGCCGAUCCCCGUGGCUUCGGGCACAUCGGACUCAUGGUGCCCGAUGUCUACGCCGCUUGUAAACGUUUCGAAGAGCUUGGCGUUGACUUCGUCAAGAAACCCGACGACGGCCGCAUGAAGGGACUGGCUUUUAUCAAGGACCCCGACGGCUACUGGAUCGAGAUCUUCAAUGCCCACUCAGUCUAGACUGGCUACCACUUACUAAUUUAAUUAAUCCAGCAUCUGUCACUGUUCCUUAACGCCUGCACCACGGCACCGGGCUGCCGAGUGGAGACUCCGACGUAGAACCGUUAAAAUAAAAGAGUAACUGCUUAACAA